AUGGCUAUCACGGAGGAGGAGGAUAGGAUACAAAAGAAGGAGAAGUAUAAAGAAGCAAAAUGGGCGGCAAAGAAAGCAGUAGCGGAGGCAAAAGAGCGCGCAUUUGAAGCCUUUUAUCAAAAGCUUGAUACCAAAGAGGGGGAGAAGUAUAUUUUUAAGUUGGCAAAAGCAAGAUCUAGGCAGAAGAAGGAUUUAGGGACAGUGAAGUUCAUUAAGGAUGAAGGUGGACGAGUACUCCUUAAACAAGAGGACAUCAAGAUGAGAUGGCAUCAAUAUUUUUCCCAACUGCUCAAUGAGACUAGGGGUCUAAAGGAGGAAAGUCGACAAACUUUGGACAUCCAAAGAACACAGAAACAUGGGUGGAUUAUGGAUAUUACCAUGGUGGAAGUAGGAGAAGCUCUCAAAACAAUGGGGGGAUCAAAGGUAGUUGGACCUGAUAACAUUCCGAUUGAGAACAAAGGCGAUGCACAAGUAUGCGGGAAUUAUAGAGGGAUCAGACUUCUAAGCUACACUAUAAAACUGUGGGAAAGAGUGAUUGAGAAAAGAAUUAGACGAGAGACGGUAAUUAAAGAGAACCAAUUCAGAUUCAUGCCAGAAAGAUCAACCACCGAGGCAAUUCAUCUUUUGAGGAGAUUGAUGAAAAAAUAUAGAGAGCGAAAGAAGGAUUUGCAUCUGGUGUUCAUUAACCUUGAGAAAGUGUACGAUAGCAUACCACAAAGCAUUAUUUGGGAUAGCCUCAAGAAUAGAGGUAUUUCACAGAAGUAUAUUGAGGUAAUAAAGGACAUGUAUGACAGAGUGUCGAAUAACAUACAUACACCGGUGGGUAUACCAGAGUCUUUUCUAAUUAAAGUGGGACUGCAUCAAGGAUCAACACUAAGUCCUUUCAUUUUUACUGUCGUUAUGGAGGAAAUCUCUAAAUCCAUCUGGGAGACUGUACCAUGGUCCAUGCUUUUCACUGACGAUAUAGUUUUGGUCGCGGAAACCAAGGAGGAGGCUAAUAGUAAAUUAGAAGAGUGGAGGGAAGCCUUGGAGGGUAAGGGGUUGCGCAUAAGUCGUACGAAGACAGAAUACUUGCGAUGCAAUUUCAGUGGGACAGAAUCAAUAGGGGAUCUGGAGGUGACCAUAGAGGGAGAAGUUGUUGCAUGUACAUCCAAGUUCAAAUAUUUGGGAUCGACCGACGUUGUUAUAUGGGACAGAAUAUUGGCUUGUAAAGAAGGUUUUCGAACAGAGGAUGAAAGAAACAAAAAUGCGAAUGCUGGGAUAGAUGUGUGGUUGAGAUGGUUUGGGCAUAUGCAGAGAAAGACCCAUGACACCCCAAUAAGAAGGAUCGAAUGCAUCAUAGUGGAGGGUAAGAGAAGUCGAGGAAAACCUAGGAGAAUGUGGGAGGAACAGUUUAAAAGUGACCUGCAUGAACUUCACCUCUCCAAGGACCUGAUCAAGGAUAGGGCAAUUGGUGGCGCCUCAUCCACGUCUUAG